AUGUACAAGCGUCGGGAUUAUGUUGAACUCUAUGAAAAAGAUCAGGAGAAAUGGGCUCUACUACGAAAUGUCAACACUGUGUUUAAACACACCACUCUUCUACCGGGCGACUAUGUAUGGCUGGACCUGAAGACCGGCCGGGAAUUUGAGGUCCCAAUUGGAGCUGUGGUGAAGCUCUGCGAUUCCGGUCAGAUCCAGGUUUUGGAUGAUGAAGGAAAUGAACACUGGAUCACCCCCCAAAAUGCCACCAACAUCAAACCAAUGCACCCCACCUCCAUCCACGGGGUGGAAGACAUGAUUCGCCUGGGCGAUCUGAAUGAGGCUGGAAUUCUCCGGAAUCUUCUCAUCCGCUACAGAGAACAUGUCAUCUAUACCUAUACCGGGUCAAUCUUAGUGGCUGUAAACCCCUAUCAGCUGCUGCCCAUCUAUACGGCUGACCAGAUUCGCCUCUACACCAACAAAAAGAUCGGAGAGAUGCCACCACAUAUCUUUGCCAUCGCAGACAACUGCUAUUUCAACAUGCAGCGCAACAACAAAGAUCAGUGCUGUAUCAUAAGCGGUGAGUCUGGAGCAGGAAAAACAGAAAGCACCAAGUUGAUUCUACAAUUCUUGGCUGCUAUUAGUGGUCAGCACUCCUGGAUUGAGCAACAGGUGUUGGAGGCAAACCCAAUCUUAGAAGCCUUUGGGAAUGCUAAGACCAUCCGAAACGACAACUCCAGCCGGUUUGGGAAGUACAUCGACAUCCACUUCAACAAAAGAGGGGCUAUAGAAGGGGCAAAGAUUGAGCAGUACCUUCUGGAGAAAUCCAGAGUGUGUCGACAGGCCCGUGAUGAGAGAAACUACCACAUAUUCUACUGUAUGUUGAAGGGUAUGACUCCAGAUCAGAAGAAGAAGCUUGGCUUGGGUAAAGCCACAGACUACACUUAUCUUACUAUAGGAAACUGCACUGUUUGUGAUGGUCGUGAUGAUCUGAAAGAAUACUCAAACAUCCUUUCGGCCAUGAAGGUCCUCAUGUUCACAGACAAAGAGAACUGGGAGAUCUCCAAACUGCUAGCUGCUAUUCUACACAUGGGCAACCUGAACUAUGAGGCUCGCACAUAUGAUAAUUUGGAUGCCUGUGAGGUGGUGCGUUGCUCAGAUUUGAGCACUGCAUCUGUUUUAUUAGAGGUGGACUUAAAGGACCUGAUGAAUUGCUUGACUAGCCGAACCAUAAUAACCCGGGGAGAGACUGUGUCCACCCCUCUCAGCAUGGAGCAGGCCCUUGAUGUCCGAGACGCUUUUGUUAAGGGAAUAUACGGCCGCCUGUUUGUGUGGAUAGUUGAGAAAAUCAACGCAGCCAUUUAUAAACCUCCAUCCCUGGAGCUUAAAGCAGUACGGAGGUCCAUCGGACUGCUCGACAUAUUCGGCUUUGAGAACUUCACUGUUAACAGCUUUGAGCAGUUGUGUAUCAACUUUGCCAACGAAAACCUGCAGCAAUUCUUCGUCCGUCAUGUUUUUAAACUGGAGCAAGAGGAGUAUAACCUCGAGAAUAUCAACUGGCAGCACAUCGAGUUCACAGACAACCAAGAUGCUUUGGAUAUGAUCGCCAUUAAACCCAUGAAUAUCAUCUCUCUUAUUGAUGAAGAGAGCAAGUUCCCCAAGGGUACAGAUACUACCAUGCUGAACAAACUGAACUCUCAACACAAACUCAAUACCAACUACAUUCCCCCCAAAAACACUUAUGAAACACAGUUUGGCAUCCAACACUUUGCUGGUGUUGUCUAUUACGAGACCAGAGGUUUUUUGGAGAAGAACCGUGACACUCUUCAUGGUGACAUCAUUCAGCUCGUACACUCCUCUAAGAACAAGUUCAUCAAGCAGAUCUUUCAGGCGGACGUCGCCAUGGGGGCGGAGACCAGAAAGCGUUCCCCAACUCUGAGCAGUCAGUUCAAGCGCUCUUUAGAGCUGUUGAUGCGCACACUGAGCGUGUGUCAGCCGUUCUUCGUUCGCUGCAUCAAACCCAAUGAGUACAAGAAGCCCAUGCUCUUUGAUCGUGAGCUGUGUGUGAGACAGCUCCGAUAUUCUGGAAUGAUGGAAACCAUCCGGAUUCGCCGGGCCGGAUACCCCAUUCGCUACACUUUCGUCGAGUUUGUGGACAGAUACCGUGUUUUAAUGCCUGGAGUAAAACCUGCUUACAAACAGGAGGACCUGAGAGGAACCUGUCAGCGUAUCGCUGAAGCUGUACUGGGCCGUGAUGAUGAUUGGCAGAUGGGAAAGACCAAGAUCUUUCUGAAGGAUCAUCAUGACAUGUUGCUGGAAAUUGAGAGAGAUAAGGCCAUAACUGACAAGGUCAUUCUCAUUCAGAAAGUCGUGCGAGGUUUCAAGGACAGAUCCAACUUUCUGAAGAUUAAGAAAUCCGCCAUGUUGAUCCAGAAAACAUGGAGAGGCUAUUACUGUCGGAAGAAUUACGGAGCGAUGAGAGCUGGCUUCUCACGUCUCCAGGCAUUGUAUAAAUCUCGUAAACUCUACCAGACGUACCACGUUACGCGACAUAGAAUCACCCUUUUCCAGAGCCGCUGCAGAGGGUGUCUGGUACGGCAGGCAUUUAGACAUCGUCUUUGGGCCGUCAUCACCAUCCAGGCUUAUACAAGAGGCAUGAUCGCCCGCCGACUCUACAAGAGACUGAAAGGAGAGUACCGACGGCGUUUGGAGGCAGAGAAGAUGCGUUUGGCUGAGGAACAGAAGUUGAGGAACCAGAUGAGUGCCAAGAAGGCCAAAGAGGAAGCAGAGAGGAAACAUCAGGAAAGACUGGCUCAGCUGGCACGAGAGGACGCAGAACGAGAGAAGAAAGAGCGAGAAGAGACGCGGAGGAAAAAAGAAAUGUUGGACAAGAUGGAGAAAGCUCGCCAUGAGCCGGUCAACGACUCUGAUAUGGUGGACAAGAUGUUUGGCUUCCUGGGAACCACAAACUCAUUUCCUGGUCAGGAGGGCCAAGCACCAGCUGGAUUUGAGGACCUGGAGCGAACUCAUCGGGAGAUCGAGGAAGAGGAUCUAGAUGAAGCUCUUCCUUUACCAGAGGAAGAUGAGGAAGACUUGUCGGAGUACAAAUUUGCCAAGUUUUCUGCCACAUAUUUUCAGGGCACGACCACACACACUUAUGUGCGGCGCCCGCUCAAACAACCCUUACUUUUUCACGAAGAUGAAGGGGAUCAGCUGGCUGCUCUGGCUGUGUGGAUCACAAUUUUGAGGUUCAUGGGUGACCUUCCAGAACCUAAAUACCACACCGCUAUCAGUGACGGCAGCGAGAAGAUCCCUGUCAUGACCAAGAUCUACGAGACACUGGGCAAGAAGACAUACAAGAGAGAACUGCAGGCUCUGCAGGGAGAGGGAGAGAAUGCUCACAUUGACAGUCAUAAGAAAAGCAGUGUGCGUCACAAACUGGUGUCCCUCACCCUUAAGAAGAAGUCCAAGAUUACAGAGGAGGUGACCAAACGUCUGAAUGAUGGUGAAUGCGCUGUGCAUGGAAACAGUAUGCUGGAGGACCGACCCACAUCCAACCUGGAGAAGCUACACUUCAUCAUUGGCAACGGAAUCCUUAGGCCAGGCCUUAGAGAUGAGAUCUAUUGUCAGAUCUGUAAGCAGCUGAACCAGAAUCCAUCUAAAAGCAGUCAUGCUCGCGGCUGGAUCCUCAUGUCUCUGUGUGUGGGCUGCUUUGCACCCUCUGAGAAGUUUGUCAAGUAUCUACGUAACUUCAUCAGUGAAGGUCCUCCUGGUUAUGCGCCAUACUGUGAGGAGAGACUCAGAAGAACGUUUGUCAAUGGAACAAGGACACAACCACCUUCCUGGCUAGAGCUUCAGGCCACGAAAUCAAAGAAGCCAAUAAUGUUACCCGUGACAUUUAUGGAUGGCACCACAAAGACCCUGUUGACGGACUCUGCAACCACAGCCAUGGAGCUCUGCAACGCCCUGGCCGACAAAAUUAGUCUUCAGGAUCGAUUUGGCUUCUCCCUGUAUAUUGCUCUCUUUGACAAGGUGUCAUCGCUGGGGAGCGGUAAUGAUCACGUAAUGGACGCCGUUUCUCAGUGUGAGCAGUACGCUAAAGAACAGGGUGCACAGGAACGCAAUGCCCCUUGGAGGCUGUUUUUCAGGAAGGAGAUUUUCACGCCCUGGCACGACCCCUCUGAAGAUGGUGUAGCGACAAACCUCAUCUACCAACAGAUUGUGCGCGGCGUAAAAUUUGGAGAGUACCGUUGUGAUAGGGAAGAUCUGGCCGAGCUGGCAUCGCAGCAGUACUAUGUUGAUUAUGGCUCCGAGAUCCUUGUAGAGCGACUGUUGAGUCUCAUUCCAUCAUAUAUCCCAGACAGAGAGAUCAGCUCGGCCAAAACCGUGGAGAGAUGGGCGCAAUUCGUUAUGGCUGCGCACAAAAAGGGCAUCUACACUCAGAAGCGAGUGGACCCUCAGAAAGUGAAGGAGGAAGUUGUGGAUUUUGCUCGUUACAAGUGGCCUUUGUUAUUCUCAAGAUUCUACGAGGCCUUUAAAUUUUCAGGUCCCAGUCUACCCAAGAACGAUGUGAUAGUGGCUGUUAACUGGACGGGUGUCUACUUUGUGGAUGAGCAAGAGCAGGUUCUGCUAGAACUUUCUUUCCCGGAGAUCACUGCUGUUUCCAGCAGCAGAGGGGGGAAGCUUCAGGCUCAGAGCUUCACUUUGGCCACCAUCAAAGGUGACGAGUACACUUUUACUUCCAGUAAUGCAGAGGACAUACGUGGCCUGGUGGUGACCUUUCUAGAGGGUCUCAGGAAGAGAUCAAAGUUUGUUGUGGCCUUACAGGACAACCCCAGUCCAGCUGGAAAUGAUACAACAUUCCUGAGCUUCCUGAAAGGUGACCUAAUUUUCCUGGACCAGGACACAGGCGAGCAUGUCAUGACCUCUGGUUGGGCACACGGCACUAAUGACAGAACCAAACAGAGAGGAGAUUUCCCUGCCGAUUGCGUUUACGUGCUGCCCACCAUCAUUAAACCUCAGCCGGAAAUCGUGGCUUUGGUUACCAUGACACCAGACCAACGUCAAGAGUCGAUCCGGAUUUCCCACGUGCCUCUGACAGAGAGCGAGGAGCGGAUAAAGCCAUACACUCUUGAAGAAUUCUCGUUUGACUACUUUAGACCUCCUCCCAAACACACCCUCAGUAGAGUAAUGAUCACAAAGAACAGAGGGAAGGACAAGCUCUGGUGCUGCACUCGAGAACCAAUCAAACAGGGUCUGCUGAAGAAGUGUGUGGCACAUGAGGAGCUUUCACAGGAGGCAUGCAUGGCCUUCAUUGCUAUGAUGAAAUAUAUGGGCGAUUAUCCAUCUAAGCGGACACGUUCUGUGAACGAGCUCACAGAUCAGAUUUUUGAGGGUGCGUUGAAGGCUGAGCCUCUUAAAGACGAGAUCUUCUGCCAGAUACUCAAACAGCUGACUGAAAACCAUGUCAAGUACAGUGAAGAGAAAGGCUGGGAGUUGCUCUGGCUUUGUACUGGUCUUUUCCCACCCAGUAACGUCCUCUUACCUCAUGUCCAGAGAUUCCUACAGUCCAAGAAACAUCAUCCACUGGCUCCUGACUGCAUGCAGAGAGUGCAAAAAGCUUUACGGAAUGGUUCACGGAAGUAUCCGCCUCACCUGGUUGAGGUGGAGGCCAUUCAACACAAGACCACACAGAUCUUUCACAAAGUGUACUUCCCCGAUGACACAGAUGAGGCGUUUGAGGUGGAGUCCAGCACAAAGGCCAAAGACUUCUGUCUCAACAUCUCCAGCAGACUUCUGCUCAAAUCACCUGAGGGCUUUAGUCUGUUUGUCAAGAUCUCUGAUAAGGUAAUCAGUGUACCUGAGGGCGAUUUCUUCUUCGAUUUUGUCCGCCAUCUGACAGACUGGAUCAAGAAAGCCCGACCUGCUAAAGAUGGUAUAGUGCCUUCAUUGACCUACCAGGUGUUUUUCAUGAAGAAGUUGUGGACGACCACAGUUCCAGGAAAAGAUUCCUUCGCAGAUUCAAUCUUCCAUUAUUAUCAGGAGCUUCCUAAGUAUCUCCGUGGGUACCAUAAGUGCUCCAGAGAAGAGGUUUUCCAACUGGGAGCCCUAAUCUACCGAGUGAAAUUUGAAGAUGACAAAUCCCAUUUUCCCAGCAUUCCCAAGAUGCUGAAGGAGCUCAUUCCUCAGGACCUGGUACGCCAGCUCUCACCUGACGACUGGAAACGGUCGAUUGUGGCAUACUUCAACAGACAAGCUGGUAAAUCUAGGGAGGAAGCCAAAUUGAUGUUUCUGAAGAUCAUUUUCAAAUGGCCCACGUUUGGUUCUGCCUUCUUCGAAGUGAAGCAAACCACCGAGCCUCAAUUCCCUGAGAUUCUGCUCAUAGCCAUUAACAAAUAUGGAGUCAGUCUGAUCGACCCCAAGAACAAGGAUAUUUUAACCACAUAUCCCUUCACUAAGAUUUCUAACUGGAGCAGUGGCAACACAUACUUCCACAUCACUAUUGGGAACCUUGUUCAGGGCAGCAAACUGUUGUGUGAGACGUCACUGGGCUACAAAAUGGAUGACCUAUUGACCUCCUACAUCAGCCAGAUGUUGACCACCAUGAGUAAGCAGCGGAAUUCUCGCAGUCGCAGUAAGUGAACGUUUGAUUGGCACGAGGCGGUGGAGCUUGUGCGCCUGCUGCGACCCAUCGGUCGGCCCUGCAGCUGGGGGCGGGCCUUCGCGUCCCAACUGUGGAGAAUGAGCCGCACCCCCUCUGCCAGCACACAGGGCUCCGUAUACCCCGAUGAAGACUCAUCUGCCUCCAGUGAGGAUGACUACCUCUGAGAGGUCUGUGCAAGCGUUCUCCAUAAACGGCCUUUGCCCCCUGCCGCCUCUGUUUUUGGUAAAUGGCAUGUGCAAAAUCUGGUUUAGGAAACUGUGUAUCAGCAUUUAUGUGUCUUUUUUAGAAUAAUACACUCUAGAAUUUGUAUUAUAUGUGUUCAAGCACAAUUAAGGUACCAUUUACAUCAUGUUUUUUGAAAUUCAGCCAAGUAUGAACUGGAAUGGCAUGCUUAUACUGUAUACAGUGGCCCCAAAAUGUAUUUAGACACUCACAUAUUAAGUUUGACAUAGUAGUAAUGUCAUUGCAUUAUAUUACAAAAUAUCAAACCAAGUGGCUUUUAUUUCAAAGCAAGACAGUCACACUUUUCAAUCAAAACAUUUCAGAAAAAUAGAUUUAAAUAAAAGUAAUGGCAAAAAUGGCUCAGAAAACUGAGAUUAGUUUUGAGAAAAGCUCUAGCAGUGUUUGUUUGCAGGUGCCACUUGCUUUGAUAUUUUUAUGCAAUGAUUAAUCAUACAUUUAAAGUGUACAAAUACGUUUGGCCCCACUGAAUAUGCAUCUUGUAACAUGUACAGUAAAUGUAGCAUUUACAUGCAUUAUGGAACGUCAUUAACCAUUUUUGCGUUCUUCCUCACGGUAACAGUAAUGAACAAAUAGUAUCUGGAUUAUUAAUGUUGUCAACCCUGUAAAUAUAAUGCAAAAAUAUAUGCAUGAGCUUUUGGAUGUUUUUCACCAAGUUAUUUUAAUGGCAGCAAAAAUAGUUCUUUUUAAAGUGAAAAUGUUAGGUUUAUGUUCAGUUUGUGAAUUGUGUAACUUAAAUGUAUUUUGAUUGUGUUCACUUUUUUAAAUGUUACACUACAAGCGUUAUUGCCUUACUUUUUUGGAAGAAAAGUAACUGAAGGCUAGAGUGAAGGCUAGAGAUAAAAUGUAUGAGUUUACGCAAUCUACUCUCAUCUAUAGAUAUGCCUCCAUAACCUUAUUUCUAUCUGAGUCAUAGUUUAAAUUCAUGUAGAAGCAUAUGAAAUGUAUUUCAAGAGUGGAACGAGAAAAGGGAAUUAUAAAAUAUAUGGCCUUAUUUUAAAAUUGCAGCUACAUAUGGACAGUCCAUUAUUGAUAUCUGUUUAUGCUGUCAAUGUUAUUAAUAGUUAUUAACCCUAUAAUAUCUGACAUAUGAAAUAAUAAUCAGAAUAGUCAAUAUUCUAUUUAUUUUUAAAUGGAGCUGUUUUUUAAUCUAUUAAUAUAAAGCCUAAAAAAUAUUAUUAUUUUAAAAAAAAAUUCUGGUAAAGGUCAUUAAUCGUCCUAAUUUUUGUAUAUGGAAAUUUGCAACGGAAGUGAAUAUUGGGCUAUCUUAAGAGAACAUCCAGGGCACAUGAGAGAUGGCAAAUGUUUGGGAGUUUGGCCAUGACAAAUUUCUGUUCUCGGUCUACAGAAAUGUGAGACUUUACAAAUCAUAUACAAUAUGUUUUCUUCAAAAAAUAAUUAUUAUCAUGUGUUUUUUUUUAUGCACCAAACAUUGUUGACAUUUAAAAAAAAAUGUAAUGUAAAAAAAGUUACAAUUUUUUUUUGCUGGGUCUCAAAAAGGUUAUAGUACGACAACAUCAUAAAAGCUUGUAAUACAAAAUAAAUUAGAUUUUAUAAUAACACAGCAAGCUGCAUAUAUAAAAAUACAUAUAAAUAUUAGUUCACACUUCAAAUAUACCUUAUUUCUAAAGCUGUGUUUUUUAUUGUGGUGGACAUAUGUGGAAUGUAAUAAUGAUUGAGAAGUAUACUUCAAAAGCCUGUAGUAUCAUAUUUGAUACACUAAUUUCAACAUGAUUUUUCUAUAAAAUAAUGCAUGAAAUUUUAAGCAAGCACAAUUUGGCUGGGCCUUGAUAUCUCAUCGAGUAAAGACGCUGACUACCACACCUGGAGUCGUGAGUUCGAAUCCAGGGUGUGCUGAGUGACUCCAGCAAGGUCUCCUAAGCAACCAAAUUGGCUUGCUAGGGAGGGUAGUCACAUGGGGUAACCUCCUCCUGGUCACUAUAAUGUGUGGUUCUCACACUCGGUGGAGCACGUGUGAGUUGUGCGUGGAAGAAUAGCAUGAAGUCUCCACAUGCGCUACGUCUCCAGGGUAACGUGCUCAACAAGCCAUGUGAUAAGAUGCACGGAUUGACGGUUUCAGACGCGGAGGCAACUUCGAGGACUUAGAAUGCAUUGGGAAUUGGGCGUUCCAUAUUUGGGAGAAAAAGGGAGGAAAAACAAGCAAGCACAAGUUGCUUCAAUUAAGCAAAUACUAAUUUUGUGGCAUACAAAAACUAAGACCACGGAAACUUUCACCAGGAGGCAGCUGACAUCUAAUACAUUGAAUACAAGAUUUUGAUCAUGUUGUUAAUGUAGAGGCAUGCAUCUUAUAUGAUAUGAACGGUGGUAUAGGGUUAAUAAUGCCACUUAUUACCUUUAUUUGCAUCACAAAUGUCCUUUAACACAAAAUUAGGGCUGACACUUUGACAUCCUAACUAACCUGAACUAUAGAAAGCAUCUGUUGUUUGUGUUUUGCUAGGGAAUUAAUUUAUGAGCAGAUAAAUAGCGCUAUAUACCGUAGCAGAUAAAACUACUGCUACUUUGCCACUCCUUUAUGUAAAGUGUUAGUUAUAAAUAAAAAUUUAUAUCAAAUG